AUGCCUCCUCGUCGGGCUACAGGCAGUGGUCGCGGCAGCAGUCGCGGGAGGGGUUCGCAGGCUGGUGGGGGUACAUCUGGUCGAGGUCGAGGUGGCCGAGGUAGCGCUCAAGGCGAUCCUUUAGGUGGGAGUGAUCGUAGUGGCAGCCGCUCUAGAGGUCGCGCUACUGGCAUAUCUACAGAUGUUAGUCGCAUCUCCGCAAGUCGUAUGCCAGACAUCAGCGAACAUAUCUCGACUAUCGGGGUCAGGAGGCCAUCCUAUGGCGAGAGUGGUCGCCAUCUGGUCGUCUGGACCAAUCAUUACGAGGUGAAGAUACCGGAGGCCAAUAUCUACCACUAUGAUGCAAUCUCGCCCUCCGAAAAGCCGUUGCCUGCCCGGUUGAACAUGGAGAUUGUCAAGAGGCUCCAAUGUGAUAUUGCUCCGGAAAUAUUCACGCCUCGUGCCGUUUACGAUGGCCGCAAGAAUAUGUUUACGUCCCAUGAGCUGCCGUUUCCAGACGGGGCACAAGAGUUUGGCUUCACCCUCACGGAUCGAGCAUCAUCGGGCGAAGCCACUGGAGGCGGCGAGGGAAGGCGCGGUCCAAAGAUCUACAAUGUCAGACUAACACAUGUUGCUACUAUCAACCCUGAGGUGCUCGCGCGUUUCCUACAGGGUAGGCAGUCACAUGACAAUGCGGUCCUCACUGCAACCACUGCCCUGAACGUAGCUAUUCGCAUGGAGCCCACCAUGCGCUAUCCCUUCAACGUUCGUUCCUUUUUCACUAACAGGGAGACAUCUGCUAUUGGUGCCGGCAUCAUCCUCUGGCGAGGGUACUUCCAAUCCGUCCGACCAGCGGCUGGUCGUAUGUUGAUCAAUGUAGACAUCUCUACUGCGGCUAUGUAUAGGCCAGGAUCCGUCAUCGAGGUCGCCCUCGAAUUCCUCAACAUGAUGCAAAGAGGCCCGCUCGCCCUCUCCCCGAACCACGGCCUCCCUGACCGUGAGCUUAUUAGGCUGCAGCGGUACCUUUCGGGAGUCCGCGUCAAUAUAGAGAUUCCAGGACAGUCAUCUGUCUCUCGACGCCCACCUCGCCCCAUCAAAAAGCUCACUAGGACGGGCGCAGGUCAUCUCGAGUUCACAAUGCGCGACGGCCAGACUGUAACAGUCGCUCAAUACUUUGAAAUGACCCAUAACUACAAGCUGCGCUGGCCCGAUAUUGUGUGUAUCGAGUUCGGUUCGGGCGCGAUCAUCCCGAUGGAAUGUUGCAUCAUUCCGGAGGGUCAAAUCAUGCGCAAACAAAUCCCGCCAGAAAGAAUGAAAGAUGUUCUGAACUUUGCGACGAAACGGCCCCACGAACGGCUUCAGAGCAUUCGCCAGGCCCUUGAAGUCCUUGACUACGGACAGUCCGAAUACCUUCGGCACUUCGGCAUGGAAGUCAGUCCGAAUGCGGAGGUUGAAUCGAUUCAAGCACGUAUACUUGACCCGCCGACCCUGAUGUAUGGUCAAGGAAGCCGUCAGCCUACCAUCACGCCCCGCGAUGGCGCGUGGAACAUGGUUGACAAGAAGCUCUAUCGGCCUGCUGCUAUAAAUAGAUGGGUCAUCGUGAUUUACGAGCGCGAGCAGCGCUUCAACAGGGCCGCCGCACAGGAACUGGCUAGGAAUUUUCUGGGUGCCUUUGAAGCCGUCGGCGUGAAUGUCACCGAGAAUGAUCCAGUGAUAAUCCACGAUCAGCCGCAGCGGAUUUAUGACUCGCUCCAAGCUUCCGGGAGGAGAUGCAUCGAGAAGCACAACGGCAAGGGUCCUGGACCCGACCUCAUUGUCGUCGUUGUUCCCGAGUCAUCAGCGGAUGUGUACCAGGCUGUUAAACAUUUUGGUGACGUUCAGCGCGGUGUUGCGACACAAUGCCUGAAAAGUUACAAGUGUAAGGGGGCGAACAGGCAGUAUUUCUCAAAUGUCGUACUCAAGAUCAAUGUGAAGUUGGGCGGCGUCAACGUCAUUCCUGACCCACGUUCGGUGUCCGCCCUCACUGACCCGCACAACCCCACGAUCGUGAUGGGUGCCGACAUCAUGCACCCUGCUCCCGGGGCUGACGGUCGUCCCUCCUUCACAGCACUAGUGGGAAACGUGGACCACGAGACGGCCAAGUACAUCGCCGACUGCCGCAUACAGACUUCGCGUCAAGAGAUGAUCGAUGAUCUCGAGUCCAUGGCUACUGCGCACAUCGAGAUGUACAAGAAGUACCGCGCUGUUGUGGAGAAGAAGUUUCCGGCUGAUCCCACGCGACUAAUCUUCUUCCGGGACGGCGUAUCUGAAGGGGAGUUCAAGCAAGUCCUGGAAUACGAACUACCUCAGUUGAAAAGGGCUCUUGCGAAUAACAAUGUAGACGCCAAGAUCACUGUGGUCGUCGUGGGCAAGGCCCAUCACGUUCGUUUCUUUCCAAAGAGGCGAGAAGAUGAGGAUAGAAGUCGGAAUUGCCCAGCGGGAACUGUGGUGGACCGGGACAUCACACAUCCCACGGAGUUUGACUUCUAUUUGCAGAGCCACGCUGGAAUUCUCGGAACGUCUCGUCCGGCACACUACAAUGUGCUCUACGACGAGAACAAGUUCACGCCUGACGCACUCCAAGCGCUGUCGUUCGCGCUGUGCCACGUCUACGCCCGCUGUACGCGCUCCGUAUCGAUCCCUGCCCCGAUCUACUAUGCGGAUCUUGUAUGCUCGCGGGCUAAGAACCACUACAGUCCGGACGGCGACUUUGACCUGACGGGUUCAGGCACGCAGCUAGCGUCGAGCGAUGCGCGUGGCCAACUUGAGUCCUACCGGGAGAACUUUAGGCCCCUGCACGAGAAGAUGAGGAGGCUCAUGUACUUUAGUUGAAAUUACGGCCGCCUUCGCCAGCGUCUCCAAGUUGGGAAGUGCCGGGGUUGUAUUGUCAUUGACCGCGCAGUGUCGUCCUCUUGUAGGAAUUCAGGCAUUACUGUAUCCCGUUCACGUGCUGC